CUCUCUCUUCCAAUUUGGAAAAGAAAAUAUAGAUUUUGCUGUACAGAUCGUCAUUUCCAAACCCUAAAAAGUCUAAAAAUCCUGUAAUUCAUGCACCUGUUAGAUCUUCGUUUUUGCUCGUCAUCUCCUUUGAAGAAUUUCUUCAGCUCCAGCUAGAUUUCAGGAGUUGAAUUCCUUCAUACAACCACGAAUCAAAAAUUGAGGUGUCUCUGAAGAAAUGGCAAGUCGUAUGAAGGAAGACGAGAAAAAUGAGAAGAUCAUCCGGGGUCUCCUGAAACUUCCUGCGAAUCGGAGAUGUAUCAAUUGUAACGGUCUGGGACCUCAAUAUGUUUGCACCAACUUCUGGACAUUUAUUUGCACAACCUGUGGUGGAAUUCAUCGGGAGUUCACGCACCGUGUAAAAUCAGUAUCAAUGGCUAAAUUUACUUCACAGGAAGUUAGUGCUCUUCAAGGAGGGGGAAAUGAGCGUGCUAGGGAAAUUUAUUUCAAAGAAUGGGACUCACAGCGUCAUUCUCAGCCAGAUAGCAGUAAUGUUGAUAGACUCAGGGAUUUCAUCAAACAUGUUUAUGUGGAUCGAAGAUAUACUGGUGAGAAGACUAUUGACAAGCCUCCUAGGGUGAAAAUGGGUGAUAGGGAGGAUUCUAAUGAAAACAGAAGGUUUGAUACAUAUCGCGGGGGUUCUCGUAGUCCUCCUUAUGAGGAUGCAUAUGAACGUCGACAUGGUGAAAGAUAUGGUUCUGGUGGUAGAAAUGAUGACAGAAAUUUCAGAUAUGGUAAUGAUGAAAGGAGAAGUCCUGGAUAUGAUCAACAAAGUCAAAUGCAUGGUGAAUACAGGAGAAGUCCUGCUCGUUUCGAAGUGGUUGAUGAUAGGUUUCGAGAUGAUAAAUUUCCAAAUGGCCGGCGAUCUGAAGACCGCAGGUUUUCUGAUGGAGAAUCCAGGCCGGAGGGCAAGUCACCAAGCCAUCAAAAGGACCUGGAUGCCUCCAGUCCUCCUAUGGUACGUCCUGUCAGAGAUAUCUUGGGUGAGGAUGUUCCUCCUCUUCGGGUUGGUGAACCUCCUAAAGAAAAUGGUAAGAAGGUUGUGGAUGGCUCAGCGCAUACACAGAGAACUGCAUCUUCCAGUAGCUUGGGGUCCCUUGAUGGAAAUUCGGUGGAACUCAAAAUGGCAAAUUCUGGAAGCUUGAUUGACUUCAAUGCUGAUCCUGAACCUCCUGUGGCUUCAGUUGCACCACAAGCACAACCAACACCACCACCACCACCUACAAUUCAGUCAGUUCCACAGCCGGCAACAAGUUCAUACACUGACAGCAACAAUUGGGCUUCUUUUGCUUUUGGUACACAAGAAAAGGUUUCUCAGGUUCCUUCAGUGAACACACUGGAAUCUGUAUUAUCUCAGUUGUCAGCUCCGCCCAUAAGCAAUAUGUCGUCAUUCCCUGUUAGUACUGGUGCUCCAGCAACUGUACCUGUAGGCAAUGUCUCAAUGUUCCCACCUAGUGCUGGUCUCACAGCUGCUUCUCUAGGCGUCUCAACAUCACAUGGUCAUGGUGCUCCAGCAGUUGCGCCAUCAGGGAACAUGUCAAUGUUUCCAGUCAGUGGCAAUGCUCCAACCGCUGCACAUGGAGGCAUGAUGUCGAGUAGCGGUGAUACCCUCGUAAAGGCUACUGAUGGGGGCAUGUGGCCAAACGCGCAGCAGCAUCAGCAUUCUUUAUUUACUACCUCUGAUAGUCAAUCUGCUGCUUAUCAGGCUAGUCGUCCAGCUAGCAGGGCUCCAAGUAAUCAUCUUACUCCAGCUAACGGAGCUCCAAAUAACCAACUCACUCCUUCAGUCAGUGGUAAUCCAACCAGUCAGCUCACUCCUUCAGUUAGUGAAGCUUCAAAUAAUCAACAAUGGGGUUCCUCCUUUGCACCAAGUGUACCGGGAGCUUUGGGCGCUCCAACUUCUCAACCAUCUCAAUCAAAGCCAGUCCAAGAUGCCAGUUCUGGAGUUCCAUUACAACCUGCCCCUGUGGAAGCAAAACUUAGUGGAAGAAAAGAACUGCCACAGGAUCUUUUCACCUCGGCCUAUUCAUCAGUUCCUACAGUUCCAGGUUGGCAAACUGGACCACAUAAUGGGAUGGGAUUUGGCAUGCAAUAUCCUACUGCAAUGCCAAUGUCAGCCUUUCCCAAUUCAGCAAAAUCAAGUAACCCGUUUGACCUCAAUACUGAGCCAAAUCUAGGUCAAGCCUCAAUGUUUCCUUCCAUGGCAUCGCUGCAAGGAGCACUACCAAACAUGGUAAGACCUACAAGCAUAUUGCGUACUAAUAGCAUUGGUACCACACCAGCACAAUGGAUGCAUCCACAAUCCCCAUCUUAUGCAUCAACUCUGCAACCUCAGUCACCAUCUUAUGCAUCAGCCCUGCGUCCCCAGUCACCAUCUUAUGCAUCAGCAAUGCCUCCAAGUGCAUACAUGGGCCAACAGUCAUCCAGCAAUAUGCUUCCCUAUGGACACCAAGGAGCCGGGGGUUUAGGCAAUGAUGGAGCUGCUUUUGGGAACUUGAGUAUGGAUCAGCACCUUGCUGGCAGAUAUUCACAACCUGCUACACCGAAAUCUUUUUCUGCUAUUGGAGGAAACCCAUUUGGAUAGAUAGAAGUACGAAGGCUUCUUGAUGCCAUUUUAGAAUCAGCAGCAUCUUGCUGUUACAACCUCAUCACAUCAUAGGGAAAAGUUUGAUUUGUUCUGAUUGAAGAUCAAUUGAAAUGAUAGAGAAUGAGAGAGGUAUUGUUAUAAAUCUUUGCCCAGUUAAGGUAUAAUGUUUAGCAAGGCCAUGUAUUAAGCCUGAAGGUGAAGAAAAGAAGAGCAGAGAGAGAAAGGGGAAGAUUGUCUGGAGAAGCAGUGUGAUGGCUGGCAUUUCUAUGGGGACACCAGUUUAUUUUUAUAGUUUGUGUUUGCUGUAAAUCUAGUUAUUAUUUGGUAAUGCUUCCAUCGGGUGUUUUGUAUGUCUGUCCCUAUGGCGAUUGUAUUUUAUUUGCUUGUUGUCCGUCGGGUUUUGUACUUCCCAAACCCCAAUUUUUCCCCACCCCUCAGCCCCCAAGAAAAAGGGUAAACAGGCUCCUGUCACCAUUUCUUCCACAAUCACUGCUGUCGCUUUGAGUCUCUGAGAACUAUAAGAUUUUUGUUAGUGUUUUGGAGUUUGUAUUGAUGAUGAAACAAAAUUUAUAAAUAUGCUUUGAUCUUGUUGGU